AUGGUGAUAGCAGAGUGUCGGAACAUUGUUGUUCUCGGUGGCUCCUACGCAGGCGUGUCUGCGGCCCAUUACCUUCUAAAACACGUGGUACCCAAGUUACCAGAUCCAGAAGGAUAUCAGGUCACUUUGAUUAGCGCAUCCUCACACGCCUUGUGCAGAUCUGCUUGCCCCCGUGCGCUGAUCUCGGACGAGCUUUUUGACCAGGAGAAGCUUUUCGUCGAAAUCUCCAAAGUAUUCGAGCAGUAUCAAGACGACCGAAUUCGCAACUUUCGCUUCAUCCACGGCACCGUAACACAACUAGAUCAUACCGACCGGAAUAUUACCGUGAAUUUGGCCGCCAAAGACACUAUAGACACGAUUGAUUUCCAUGCGCUUGUGAUCGCGACUGGUGCAUCAACGCCUUCUCCCCUUCUUGGUCUGAAUCGCGACGUCGGGGACUUACGGGCAAAUUGGACUUCGUUCCGUGAAGCCCUGCCAACAGCCAAGAGUAUCCUCAUCUCUGGUGGCGGUCCGGCCGGAGUCGAGACAGCUGGUGAGCUUGGGGAGCAUUUGAAUGGCCGCGCUUGGUGGUUUCGCUCCAAGUUGGUAAACCCUACGGUGCCGAUCACUGUCGUCACUUCUGGGCCUCAGAUCCUCCCACUCUUGCGCUCUAGCCUCGCCAGCCUGGCAGAGCAGUACCUUGCCCAAGUAGGCGUGACCGUCAUUAAAGGUGCGCGAGUCCAAAAUGUGGUAGCCAGUGCCGACAGCAAGGAUGCCUUGACCGCUAAGACGAUAGUGACCCUUGAGGAUGGGCAAACGCUUGGAGCCGACCUGUACAUUCCCGCAACUGGCACUCGAGCGAAUGCUGGUUUCAUUGACCGAUCUCUCCUGACACCUGAUGGCUGUGUUGACACCAAUCCCUCGACUCUACGGGUUGAUAAAGCCGGACCCCGUGUUUACGCGAUUGGUGAUGUUUCAUCAUGGGCACGACCAACUGUUCACUUCAUUAUUGAAGCUAUUCCAGUCCUCUGCGCGAAUAUGAAGCGCGACUUACUCCUUGCCGCUGGUGAGGAUGAGGGCUCGGUGGGUGAGGAUCGCUUGUUCAAGGAAGACACCCGCGAGACCCAAAUAGUCCCGAUCGGUAAGAGCAAAGGUGUCGGGGCGGCUAUGGGGUAUCGAUUGCCGAGUUUCCUGGUAUGGUUAAUGAAGGGGCGAGAUUACUGGUUGUGGACAACUGAGAAACUGUGGAAUGGGAGGCAGUGGAGUAAAGAGCUGUGA